UAGGCGCCUCGGAUGUGAUAACAUGCUUAUUUUUCCAUCACCACUUUAUGGUUAUCGAAUUUAUUGCCCGUCAUUGGAUCAAUAGGUGUUUCGGGUCUCCGAAUUGAUUUUUUUAAAUGAGAAAUUACUGAAGAACACAAUUUCCAAUGGCAGUGGGCGACUCGCCGCUUCUUAUUUGGAAUAUACUCCUGCCUUCCGAUUUCGUGUCGUUUUGAUUAUGGAAACGUGUUCUUUGAGUCACGUAGUCCUAGCCCGUCUUUUUCUUGUGGUCCUAUUGAUCGUUCUGAGGCCCAUCAAUGCGUGGACGUAUACCUCCAGCACCAACGAUAUGGAUAGGACACUGGUAACGAGGGGAUACUUUUCUCCCAGCGUUACGAACUCUGAAGAAAUAUCUGCCUUACCAAAAUACUUGUUUACUACUUCGGGAACUUCUAAAGACUUUAGGGAGGUAUCAUCGCCAUCAACUGGAACUGAACAAUACCACCGAGCCCGGCAUUCUGAUGACAGUGAGACCCGGACAUUGAGUGAAGACAAAUCAGCCACUGAACAAAACACACAUCUCUCCACGGUCUCAAACCGCGGGGCAUCAGAAGGAACCCUUAGUUUGUCGAAAGAGCAGAUGAGCUCUACCAUUGUAGUGUCCACAGAGGCUACCAAACAUUGGGAGGACCAGACCAGACUAGCACCAGACCACCUACUAGAGACCUACCCUGGGCUUCGAGUGGACCUCAGGUCUGUGACACAAGCCAGACUCCCUCAUGACAGCCCUGAUGCUGACAGCAGUCUCAGGCAGGACCAGUCGACGAACCGUGGCACCGUGGGUCUCAGGCCGUACCAGUCGACGAACCGUGGCACCGUGGGUCUCAGGCAGGACCAGUCGACGAACCGUGGCACCGUGGGUCUCAGGCAGGACCAGUUGAUGAACCAAGGCACCGUGGGUCUCAGGCAGGACCAGUCGACGAACCGAGGCACCGUGGGUCUCAGGCAGGACCAGUCGACGAACCGUGGCACUGUGAGUCUCAGGCAGGACCAGUCGACGAACCAAGGCACCGUGGGUCUCAGGCAGGACCAGUCGACGAACCAAGGCACCGUGGGUCUCAGGCAGGACCAGUCGACGAACCGAGGCACCGUGGGUCUCGGAGAGGACCAGUCGGCGAACCGAGACACCGCGGGUCUCGGAGAGGACCAGUCGGCGAACCGAGGCACCGCGGGUCUCGGAGAGGACCAGUCGGCGAACCGAGGCACCGCGGGUCUCGGAGAGGACCAGUCGGUGAACCGAGGCACCGCAGGUCUCGGGGAGGACCAGUCGACGAACCGAGGCACCGCGGGUCUCGGGCAUGGGCAGUCAACAGCCACUCUCAGACAGGACCAGUUAACAGACCAAGGAACCGUGGCUCUCCCCAUCCCCAUCCAAACUGACAGCACCUACAUCUCCUCCACUGUGAGUCGAGCGGGAGAGAGGACUUUACUGUCUGUGAUAUCCAACAACACCUCCAUGUACUCUGAGGACUCCAACUCCUCCUCCCAGUCACGGGCCUCCACCUGGGACCUCCCGACUGGCCGCACUGGAGCCGGGGCUGGGGCCGUCACCAUCAGGAUACCCUUCACAGGACCUGAGCAUGGGCAUGAUGCUACAUCUGGGUCUGACUCUUACCACCACACCGACUCCUCACAGGAGUGGCCUGGUGGUUUCGCCUCCAGAGGGACCAACCCACUGACUGGACCUCUCAGUGUGACCCAACAGCAGGACCUCACCUCUCUGGUUUCAGAGGGAACCCCCAACUCCACCCCUCCGCUCAGGGUGGUUGAUAACCACAGCAGACGGGACACAGACACAACAGACUCUAGUCAGCCCUCCAGAGGCAGGACAUCCCAGACAGAAGAGGGGGUCUCUGCUUCAUCACAGCCCCCUGUGCUGUCGCCAGAAGAAGGCCCCAGCCACCACAACACCUCUCAGGGAGGAGAAACAGAUAGAGAUUCUCCCUCCAUCCUGGUCACUGGGUCUGAGACCUCCACCAAGUCCUCCACAGGUCCCCCUAGCACCCGGGGGGAGCAGGGUGAGACAGAGGGGGUCCCUUCGCUCCACACAGAGGACAAUACUAUCCUAGGCCUGGGUCUUACUACUGCUCCCCCAAUACUACGAGAUAGUGCCACUGCCCUGGAUGACUCCCUGUCUCGGUUCCUCGCCACCCAGCCUCCCUUCAUCCCCAAGACUCAGCGGCCGCCGGUGACCACAGAGGUCCUGGUGUCCACCACACAUGUUACCAUGACAAUAAAGUCACAGGUCACCGAGGAGGAGCCCUACAUUGUUACCAUGGCAACCAGCACCACACCGACCCCGCCUCUUACUACGACGAGGAUGGUUCAGCCCAGUACCACCACUUCCAUUGAGGCCCAGACUCAGCCCACCAUCAUCCCUACCACCACUACCACAGAGACUACCUUGGGUCUCCAGAGCUCUGCUUCCACCCCCCAGCCCCCGGGCACCACUCAGACUCAGACCCAAGGGCCCUCAACGGGGGUGAGCUCCACCGACGUCAAAACCUUGCACCUGGAGACCAGCACGGCCACACAGGGGGACACCACGGCCCACAGCAUCACCACCACUACAGCCUCCUCCUACAGUUACAGCGUCCCCAUCAGAAACACAGUGGAACUACACACAACAGGGAAACACACUGACAGGGGGACCACUGAGAUAGAAGUGGCCACUGCUCCAAUGGACAUCAGAUCUACACCGCAGACACCAGGUAGUGCCUGUGAUUCCGGCCCCUGUCUGAAUGGAGGUGAGUGUAUACCCUAUGGAUUGACUGGGUUCACCUGUGACUGUCUGUCAUCAUGGACAGGACCUACCUGCAAUGAGGAUGUGGAUGAGUGUGAGAGUGGCCCCUUGGGUCCCUGUCCCAGUGACUCUACUUGUGUUAAUACCAGGGGCUCCUUCAGCUGUGAGUGUCCCCUGGGUCUGGACAUGGAGCACGGAAGAGACUGCACGCGAGCAAAAACUUUCCUGGGCACGUUCAGUUUCAACGUCCCCCUGCUCUCCAGGAGCGCCACACUGCACGAGAUCCAGAGAGAGAUCAACCAGCUGCUGAAUGCCUCACUAUCAAUUCUGCGUGGUUACCGGCGCUCUUCUUUGAGUAAAAAAGGGGAGGACGGAGUUCAUAUCUCUGCUGUCAACAUGUUCUCUAUCUCUACUGAUGUGACCAGCUCUGAGGUCUACCACAUCAUACAGAUGUCUCUGCACAACUGUAACAGCACCGCUGGACACUGCCGAGUGGGGGUCACUCACCAACUUUCCUAUCAUGUUGAGAGUCUGUGUCUGGCCCAGAAUAUCCAGUGUCACCCUGAGCAUUCUUUUUGUACCGACUCCAAUGGGACAGCCUACUGCCAGUGUCAACCAGGGUACUUCAAACUCAAUCCUGAGGAUCAGUCCUGCAUAGAAUGUGGUGAUGGUCUGAAACGGGUCAAUGGAACCUGUGUCAGGUGCACAUUUGGAUUUGGAGGAUUCAACUGUGGAAAUUUCUACAAGCUGAUAGCUGUGGUGGUAUCGCCAGCAGGGGGUGGUCUACUCCUUAUUCUCAUCAUCGCUCUCAUUGUCACCUGGUGCAAGAAAGACAAGAAUGACAUCAAUAAGAUUAUUUUCAAAAGCGGAGAUUUUCAGAUGUCGCCGUACCCAGAGUUCCCGAAGAUUAACCGUGUUUCUAUGGAGUGGGGGAGGGAAACCAUCGAGUUGCAGCAGAACGGUAGCACCAAGAACCUGCUACAGAUGACAGACAUCUACUACUCUCCUGCUUUGCGUAACUCUGACCUGGAGCAUAAUGGCCUCUACCCGUUCUCCGGCCUGCCGGGCUCCCGUCACUCCUGCAUCUACCCUGCCCAGUGGAACCCUUCCUUCAUCAGCGAUGACUCACGACGCCGGGACUACUUCUGACGCCCAGCUACUGAAGAACGACUGCAACAAAAACACUUCACACUGAUUUUGGAUCAUACGAUUUGAUCAUAUGAUUUGAUUAUAUGUCACAAGCAAUAAUCCAUAAAUUAUAAUAGUUCGCAUGAAUUCAUAAUGUGUGGGAAAAUGUCUGUUCCACAAAGUGUGUGUGUGUGUGUGUGUGUGUGUGUGUGUGUGUGUGCACCCAUUUGCCAACUGCUGCGAAUUGUAGAUUAACAUUAUCUUAUUUUAUUUCACUGAAAAUACAGGUUGAAAAGACAAGCUGCCAAACUUGUUUUGUGUGUGUGAAGUAUUGUUACAUUGUGAAGAUAUUUAACUACAUAUGAGAUGGAAAAACAUGUAUGUCAAAAAUGCUAUGUAUUUGUCAGAUGAGGAAUAGAUGCACCAAAGUGGUUUCAUAUGACAGAUUGAAUGAUGGUCAAGGUCUGCUGCAGUCUGUUGGUCUGAACAGUAGAACAGUUGUUAUUUAUUGAAUAUUUCAACGGUUAGAAAUGUAUGAAGACAUUUUCAACAUCUUGCAUUGUAAGAGGGACUCAUACCCCACCCUAUUCUAUAAGGAGUAACAUCUGAAGUUUGGACCAUAAGAGUGUGUGUAUAUGUGUGUGAGAAUCUUGGAUGAAUUCAGAUCAAUCACCAUGCCAAGUUUCAGAUCUCGUUGAUUGUUUGCAUAAAUAUGUACUUUAAAAACAGCAGGCUUAAUUACAAAUAGAUAGAGUUUCCUUGUAUGUAUUUGUUGUCUUCCUUCUAAAAUGAAUGAUCUCUUACCUCUGGCGUUUUAGUCAGACAUGUAUUUAAUAAUAAAUAAGAUAAAGUU